AUAAGAGCAAGAUACUAUUAACAAGUGCAGGAAAUGGAUUUCGGGGUUCCAAUAUCAGUCUAUCUCUUGAUCAAUGAAGGAGGCUCGCCUGCUAAAGAUGCCUUUCCCCUCCUUCACACAGCAAUGACAGCGCUGACUGGAGAGGCAGCCAGGACUCUAAGCCCCCCAGUCACAACCCAGCAGAGUAACUGGACAGUUAACAAAACAGCAGCAGACUACACAGAAGUACCCAUAGCCUUGAAGUUCUCACAUCCUUGCCUGGAAGACCACCAUAGUUACUGCAUCAAUGGUGUCUGUGCAUUCCACCAUGAGUUGGAGAAAGCCAUCUGCAGGUGUUUUACUGGUUAUACUGGAGAAAGGUGUGAGCAUUUGACCUUAACUUCAUAUGCUGUGGAUUCUUACGAAAAAUACAUCGCAAUUGGGAUUGGCGUUGGAUUACUAUUAAGUGGUUUUCUUGUUAUUUUUUACUGCUACAUAAGAAAGAGGUAUCUAAAAUUGAAAUCACCUUACAAUAUCUGUUCCGGAGGAAGACCACUGUGAAGCCUUUGUAAGAAAUUUUCAUGAGGCAUUGGUGUAAAUCAGUGGGCCCCAAACUGAAAUCUUCAGGUGAAACAACAAAUCUUCCCAAGCUGACUAGAAAGUUGGGAUCGUGGUGAAAUGAGAGAAUAAAUUUCAACGUUGGUCCUUGGACUCUGUCAUCGCUAAAGUGCCACGGGGGCCAAGGGCACAAGCUACAGUGACAGAAGUCGAGUUCACAGUCCUACUCUGGGUUUGCUGCUUCUGUGUGGUUUUUGCUCUCCCUGUGGGAUGUUGAGUUUUACACUUCUGACUAUGUCAGAUGUGAAUUCUCAGGACAAUAAUUAUCAACUGUGCAGUCAG